AUUGGGUCAGCGAGUGGCAGCGAGUGAAGCGGUCGUCCGCGCGCUCUCCGUGUGACACUCUUCUCCUCAUUUAUAAUCAUCGAACUCUUCAAACGGAGAGAGAGAGACAGCGAGAGCGAGCGCGCGAAAAGAAAUAAGAGGGCUUUCCUCCAGCACGGUUGAAAUCUAGGGUUUCGAACCAUCCUCGGAUCCAUUGCCCCCAUUCUUCCUCUUCUCCGGAUUCUUGUCAAGAAUCGCCGGUCCGAUCUGAUAGAAGAUGGCAGAUGCUGAGGACAUUCAGCCUCUUGUGUGUGAUAAUGGAACCGGGAUGGUGAAGGCUGGAUUUGCUGGAGAUGAUGCUCCUAGGGCUGUUUUCCCUAGCAUUGUUGGCCGUCCACGUCACACUGGGGUGAUGGUAGGCAUGGGCCAAAAGGAUGCAUAUGUUGGGGAUGAAGCACAAUCCAAACGUGGUAUUUUAACUUUGAAGUACCCUAUUGAGCAUGGUAUUGUAAGCAACUGGGAUGACAUGGAGAAGAUCUGGCACCAUACGUUUUAUAAUGAACUUCGUGUUGCCCCAGAAGAACACCCAGUUCUCCUCACUGAGGCACCUCUCAACCCCAAGGCCAAUCGUGAGAAGAUGACUCAAAUCAUGUUUGAGACCUUCAAUGCUCCUGCUAUGUAUGUUGCUAUUCAGGCUGUUCUCUCUUUGUAUGCUAGUGGUCGCACAACAGGUAUUGUACUGGACUCUGGGGAUGGUGUCAGCCACACAGUCCCUAUCUAUGAAGGAUAUGCACUUCCACAUGCAAUCCUCCGUUUGGACUUGGCAGGGCGUGAUCUGACUGAUGCACUCAUGAAGAUUCUGACAGAGCGUGGCUACUCUUUCACUACCACAGCUGAGCGUGAAAUUGUGAGAGACGUGAAGGAAAAGCUGGCAUAUAUCGCUCUAGACUAUGAGCAGGAGCUGGAGACGGCUAAGACCAGCUCAUCCGUGGAGAAAAGCUAUGAGUUACCCGAUGGUCAGGUGAUCACGAUUGGUGCUGAGCGGUUCCGUUGCCCAGAGGUUCUUUUCCAGCCAUCAAUGAUUGGAAUGGAAGCUGCAGGCAUUCAUGAGACCACUUACAACUCCAUCAUGAAGUGUGAUGUCGAUAUUAGGAAAGAUCUGUAUGGCAACAUCGUUCUCAGUGGUGGAACCACCAUGUUCCCAGGUAUUGCUGACAGGAUGAGCAAGGAGAUUACUGCCCUGGCACCAAGCAGCAUGAAGAUAAAGGUGGUUGCUCCCCCUGAGAGAAAGUACAGUGUUUGGAUUGGAGGCUCCAUCUUAGCAUCUCUUAGCACUUUCCAGCAGAUGUGGAUUGCAAAGGCUGAGUAUGAUGAGUCGGGCCCAUCGAUUGUGCACAGGAAAUGCUUCUAAUUCUGAAUGGAAAGCAAUAUGAAUGAACUGUUACAUCAGGAGGAUGUAGCUUUCUUUCUUUGUUCUUCUCCUUAUUCUAUUUGUCAGUGGACACAAUAUUCAGCCAACCCGUUUAUUAUUAGUUUCUUCUUUGCAAAGACUUGGACUUGUACUCAGUAUUGUAGCUUAUAAAUUUCAUUUUAAUUUGGAUCUCAGUCAA